AUGGCUGAUUUUGGACAAUUGCAUGUAAGGGAAUGGGAGGUCCAGUUUUAUCAGGAGCAAACCCGGAAAUGGUUGACAGGCAUGCUUUCUGUCACAGUGGAGAGGAUAAUCUUUCAAGACAAAAACUCUCAAUUCAACAUGAUCUGCAUGUAUGGUGACUUUGCAGAAGUAAAGAAAACAACAACUGGAAUUAUAUUUAGUGCAAUAGUGAUAAUCACAAAAGAUGGAAAAAAACAUUGGUUUUCAUCACUGCCGAACAGGGAGGAUAUUUUCAAUGUGAUGCAGUAUUUCCUGAGGUCAAAUGUAACAUUUUCUGAUCAAGGAAACAAGGGGAAAACUUUGGGGAUGGGAAGAACAGAGAUGGGGCACAAGUUGCUAAAAGUGGCUUAUGAUUCUCACAAGACACUUAGUGCAUCUGCAGAAAUAAUGUCAUCACAAGGAGAACAGAUAGACUCUACUUUAACAGCUAUGACUGACAUUCACAACGACCUAGACAUAGCCGAAAGCUUAACAUCCGGAAUGGAAUCCUGGACAGGAAAGUGGAGGAUCCCCAAUGUAUACCAAACAGUUGACCCUAUCAUUGUACAUCAAAGAGACAUACCAAAUAUAUCUGACUAUGAAAUUCUUUAUACAAAAAUGGAAACUAACAAAACGACCACUCAGAAACUUGGGUUGUUGCGUAUUGCUCCCGAAGGGAUGUUUAUUCUGAGUGAGAAGCAGAAGCUGAUACAUCACUUUAAAUGGAGUGACAUUUCGCGUGUUAGGGUGUUAUCCCCAUGUGAAGUUCUUGUAACAAGGUUCCUGAUUGGACAACCAGACUUGAGCUAUGGAGUUGUGUGUACAUCUUUGCUUGGAUUUUUGGAAUUUUUAGAGAGAAAAAUGAGAAGUAAAAUUGAAUAUGUGACAAGUGGAUUUGUGAGACAACCUGAGGAACGUGGACACCCCCAGGCUAAGAUAACUAAGGGUAAAUAUACACUCAUGACCCAGGCUAAGAUAACUACGGGUAAAUAUACACUCAUGUCCCAGGCUAAGAUAACUAAGGGUAAAUAUACACUCAUGACCCAGGCUAUGAUAACUAAGGGUAAAUAUACACUCAUGUCCCAGGCUAAGUUAACUAAGGGUAAAUAUACACUCAUGACCCAGGCUAAGAUAACUAAGGGUAAAUAUACACUGAUGACCCAGGCUAAGAUAACUAAGGGUAAAUAUACACUAAUGACCCAGGCUAAGAUAACUAAGGGUAAAUAUACACUCAUGACCCCGGCUUAG